AUGGCUGCCAAACUCCCACUCAUUGCUCGCAAGAACAUCCGCGACGAGUACGAAGCUAAGAAGGGUGGCCUUCUUGAGCGAAUCAAGGAGUACACCGGCGAAGACUACGAGUUCAUCGUCAACUUCCAGGAAAAGAUCUACCCAAACAUCGACACCGCCCAGAGCUACCAGGUCGAAUCUCCUGGAAGCAUUGCCUUCAGCGCCUAUGAAGGAUUGGCUGACAGACUUAAGACCGUAACCGACGAGGGCGAGGACCAACUCGUCAAGGACUUCUUCAAUGAGGUCGUCUCAUCCCGAAAGAUCGAUAUCCUUAUCGAGCCCAUGGAAUCCGGAUAUACUGCCUGCCGUGUCCGGGAUGGUGUCCUGGAACUUGUCUUCAAGACUGAUAACUACGGUACCAACAGCUGGUACCUUACCGAAAAGCUCAUCAAUAACCUCGACGAAGCCUAUGCCGAAACAAACAAGGGUGAACUCCCACUCGAAGCUAGAAAGGGAUGGCAGGAUGACUUCGUAGCCAAGAAGGACAAACUCGAAGCUGAUAUUGCUGAAGAAUUGCUUGGCACCAAAGUUACCUUGGUCGCUGACCCAGUCGCCAUUUGGAGAACCGCCGUUGAGGAGUUUGACAAGCUCAAGAAGAGGGACAAGGAUCAAAUCGAUCUGGAAUCCAUCCGUCGUAACAUGGGUUCUGCCGUUUUCUCCUACUUCGACGGUUUCCGAUACCAGAUCAACUACAAGUUCAAGCAGGAUGACUUGAUGGUCGAGACUUUCCUCGAGACCGCGCCAAGCAAGGAGGUUAGAUUCGAACUCGUUCCAGAAUUGAGCCCAGGAAACAGCUACCACGAGGCACUGUUCACCGACGACGCCUUUGUUAUGCGAACGACUCCAAAGAACUGGUACACCAACAGCUCUUAUGUUUGCGAGAAGAUUGAUACCUUGCUUUAA